CAAGGCAAAGCCCCACAGAUCUACCGCGCGAAGGACGUAGUUCAGGGGCAACUGAUCGAUCUAAAACCCUAGUACUUUGUCUUCCCUGUCUUUCACUGAUAACCAGGGAAAUUGCAUUCCCUUAACACAUUGGAUGACCGUUCCAGCUAAGCUCGCCUGUGUCCGAGCGAAUUGGAAGAUCUAUGGACUGAAGAGCUGAUUUGAGGGGUGAACGUUGCAGGAAACCUGGAUUGAGCAUUGAAGGGCAAAGCUCGCUCGCAAAAUACCGAGGUCGUAGGCAACGUAAUUUUUGCACGUAUGGCAGAAGCCGGGGAGACAGCGCUUCCUGCGCUGGUGGAAGCAGUUGAUGGCUCUCCUGCUGCUGCAGUUGCCAGUGGGAAGAAUAAGGAGAAAAUUAACAGCAAGGCCAAGGCUAAGCCAAAAGUACAGGCAACGGGGCAGGUUCCUUCAGGAGGUAAUUCUGAGGAGCAGAAACGAAUAUUGGAGAAGAGGAUAAACAUCUUUGAGAAGCUUCAGGCGGAACAGAAGAAGCACCGGGAAGAAAUCGGGGGAGAAGCCAUCAAAAUCACUCUCCCUGAUGGAAACGUGAAGGAAGGAAAGAAAUGGAUAACUACGCCUCUCGAUAUUGCGAGGGAGAUAUCUAAAGCCUUGGCCGAAAAUGCCUUGAUUUCAGAGGUCAACGGAGUGCUGUGGGAUAUGGGAAGAGCUUUGGAGAGCGACUGCUCGCUUAAGAUUUUCAACUUUGACACAAAUGAAGGCCGUGACACUUUCUGGCAUUCAAGUGCACACAUACUCGGCGAGUCGUUGGAGCAGGAAUAUGGAUGCAAGUUAUGCAUUGGGCCUUGCACAACAAGAGGAGAGGGGUUCUAUUACGAUGCUUUUUACGGAGAUGUUACACUGAACGAAGAACACUUCGACAGGAUUUCCAAACAAGCCGACAAAGCUGUCAAGGAAAAGCAACCCUUCGAACGUAUCGAAGUGACGAGAGAACAGGCUCUUGACAUUUUCUCGGAGAAUAAGUUCAAGGUUGAAAUCAUUCAAGAGUUGCCAGAAGACAAGACAAUUACUGUGUACAGAUGUGGACCACUGGUUGAUCUUUGUCGUGGACCACACAUACCAAAUACGUCUCACGUCAAAGCUUUCUCGACACAGAAGGCAUCAGCUUCUUACUGGCGAGGUCAAGCUGACCGUGAGAGUUUGCAGCGAGUUUAUGGAAUCUCGUUCCCAGACAAAAAGAAAUUAAAGGAAUGGUUAACUGUACAAGAGGAAGCGAAAAAACGUGAUCACAGGGUUGUUGGUCUGCAUCAAGAGCUCUUUUUCUUCCAUCCUUUGAGUCCUGGGAGCUCUUUCUUUCUUCCAUAUGGUACGAGAAUCUACAACAAACUGAUGGAGUUUAUACGUGCUGAAUAUCGAAAGAGAGGAUAUGAAGAGGUCGUGUCACCAAACAUAUACAAUAUGCAACUCUGGGAGACGUCAGGACAUGCGGCAAAUUACAAAGAGAAUAUGUUUUGUUUUGAGGUUGAGAAACAGGAAUUUGGGUUGAAGCCAAUGAACUGUCCUGGGCAUUGCUUAAUUUUUGAUCACCGGGUACGAUCAUACAGAGAGCUACCCAUUCGGUUGUCUGACUUUGGAGUGCUUCAUCGGAAUGAACUUAGUGGCGCUCUGUCAGGUCUCACUCGUGUGAGACGGUUCCAGCAAGACGAUGCUCACAUAUUCUGCAUGGAGUCACAGAUCAAGGACGAAGUUAAGGGUUGUUUGGAGUUUCUGGAAUACACAUAUAACAUAUUUGGCUUUACUUAUGAGCUCGAACUUUCCACGAGACCGGAGAAAUAUCUGGGAGAGUUGGAGACAUGGGAGCGAGCUGAGAAGGGACUAGAAGAGGCUCUAAAUGGUUUUGGCAAGCCAUGGCAGAUUAAUGCAGGUGAUGGUGCAUUUUAUGGGCCGAAAAUCGACAUCACUGUUUUUGACGCGUUGAAAAGGAAAUUUCAGUGUGCCACGAUUCAGUUAGAUUUCCAGCUUCCAAUUCGAUUCAAGCUGAAGUACUCGACCCAGGAUGAGGCAGAAAUGGGAAGACCUGUGAUUCUGCACAGGGCAAUCCUAGGUUCAGUCGAGAGAAUGUUUGCCAUUCUUUUAGAGCAUUAUGCGGGCAAGUGGCCGUUCUGGCUGAGCCCCCGGCAAGCAAUCGUUUGUCCUGUUUCAAAGAAGUUCGUGGACUAUGCUAUGAAGGUCCGAGAUCAACUACACAAUGCAGGGUUUUAUGUGGAAGCAGAUACCUCGGAUAAGAAAAUUGACAAGAAGGUCAGGGAAGCACAGUUGGCUCAAUUCAACUAUAUUCUUGUAGUGGGGGAGCUCGAGGAAUCGUCAGACACGGUUAAUGUUCGCACGAGAGAUAACCAAGUACAUGGUAAAAAGCCUGUGACUGAGUUGCUGGAAGAGUUUAAGGCAGAGGCUGCUGCAUUCCGUUAAGGCGAUUCUUAUUGGUCUCCGUUUACCAGCUCACCACGGUCACGGUGCGAUCUGAAGCUAAUUUUUUUCAGGAGUAAUGUCCAACUUCCGUCAGAUUUUUCUUCAUCUCCAGGGUGGAUCUGCUGAGAUACUCUGAGGUGUUGUCGUUGUCUUUCAGGGCACAUGAAGGAGGGUGUAAAUCAUGUUCCUAUUCAUUCAAGAAAUUAUAUAUCGUUCAUAUUCAUCAUGUUGCACUCUCAAACAUCUACCUAUUCAGCCGAAACGACUUCUGCUUGAAAUGAUUGCUCACCACACAUUUUCACCAGUUGGCUUGCGCGUGA